UUAUGUAACCCACUUGGGAUGGGAGUCAUAUUGUGUGUGCACUGUCAGUGGUCUCGCUUCUUGUCCAAUCGUGUGUGUCCUCAGUCUGCACACAGCUCUCCUCCACCCGACAUCCAAACAGCAGAGCGGAGACUGGCACCGCCGGAGCACCAGCAGCGGAACGACCCUUUGUGCUUCACCGCCUGACGCGCAUCCUUCUGAGAGGAACCACCAUCAGACAUCCAGGGGAAAACGCUACAUGAAGCACAAUGGGACCGUUCCAAGAAUAUGAGGAAAAAAAGUCACAGGAGAAAGGAAGCCCCCGCAGCCGCAUCCCACGUUUGGUCCUCCAUCCCUUUCGACCAAAGGACAAAGGCUCGCCUCUGUCUGAUUCACCUUUUUCAGAGGAGGAGGGGAAGGAGUGUGACAUCAGCUCAGACCACUCCAAAAGGACCAUCAGCACCAACAGCUUUUGCUCUGAUGACACCGGCUGCCCCACUAGUCAGUCUGUGUCCCCCUCCAAAACCCCGUCAGGCUCAGAGCAGAGUGCCCACGGCUCGCCGAUACUCCCCGAGCGCAAGACCAAAGUGAAGAGGGUGAGGGUGAUGGCCGAGUGGAGCGGCGAACCACGGAGCGUGCAGAGGCACAAGAGGGAGCUGAGGUCGGCCAUGAAAGCCAGAGGUAGUGAGGCAGACUUCAGUUCUUCCAGCAGCACAGGCAGUCUAAAGACCAGGGGGAGCCUUACUUUCAGUUCAGCUGGAAAGAAAGCUCCGUCACGCAGUCGCAGCACCCACAUCAGACCGCUCCCAGUGUUCAAACCAGCUGGGAGCCCUACAGCCAACCGCGAUGCAGAGCUCUACGCUCCCUACAGGACUCCUCCCAGAGCUGCCUCCUCAACCACCAACAGCAGCAGCUGCAACUCCAGCCCCACCUCCAGAAGAGCAACCCUGGGCCGCUACCACUCCUGUGGAGACAACCAUGGCGUCAGACCCCCGAACCCCGAGCAGUAUCUCACCCCUCUACAGCAGAAGGAAGUGGCGAUCAGACACCUGAAGACCAAACUGAUGGAGUCUGAGAAUAGAGUCCAUGACAGAGAGACAGAGAUUGAGGAGCUUAAGGCCCAGCUCAGCAGAAUGAGGGAAGACUGGAUUGAAGAAGAGUGUCACCGGGUGGAGGCUCAGCUGUCCCUCAAAGAGGCUCGCAAAGAGAUCAAACAGCUGCGUCAGGUGGUGGAAACAAUGAAGAGCAGCCUGAUGGAGAAGGAUAAGGGAAUACAGAAGUACUUCAUCGACAUAAACAUCCAAAACAGGAAGUUGGAGUCCCUGCUGCAAAGCAUGGAGCUUGCCCAGAGUGGUGCCAACCUCCAAGACGAAAACACCUUGGACUUCAUCUGUGACAGCCCUGAUAGUGGUGGGAAGAAGAUGGUGGGGGAGGAAGAGGGUGGGAUGGAGCUGGGAGACCAAGGGGCGGAGGCGAUGGCGGACAGCGGGCUGCUGGUAAAUGAUGAGAUGGCCAACAGAGCGGACAUUUUGGAGCAGGUCUUGAUGUCCACUGCGGUGGACUUCAUUCAGGACGCUGGCGGUAAAUUAAGGGCAGAGGCCGAGUCUGGGCCUGGGGUGUCGGCGCUGUCAGAAGAGGGACAGUUGAUUGAUGAAUCUACUGCAUCCCCACCAGUUCUACCAAAUGCAGUUUCCACCACUGUCACCAUCUCCUCAAGCACACCUUCCCAGCAGAACAUAGAAGAUAAAGGAAUCCAGACCGACGUAAUGCCCAUGUCUCCAGACCUGCAGGCUCUGCUCCUCCAGCUGCUAAAGUUCCACGGGGCAACAGCAGGGGACACAGCUCUGUCAGCCUCCAGCAGCUUUCUGGGCUUCCCAAACCUGCCCACCUCCAAUUCUACCACAGCCAAUCUCCCCGACUUGACACCUUCCCCACCCAGCAUGCCCAGUCCUGCUCCCCCAGAGAGCCCCGACACCUCCACCGAUUCCGGCAUGUGCUGCUCGGAACAUGCAGAGAGCCGAAGGUUCAUGGAGGAGCUGGACUUUGGUGUCAGUGGGGAGGAAACUUAUCUGUCACCGGGACUGGAUGUGGUCGGCAAGCAUUACUGGAGCAACAGCUUCCUGGUGGAUCUGGUCGCAGUGGCAGCCCCAGUGCUACCCACGGUGGCCUGGCUGUACUCGCGGCACGGUGUGGACGGAAGCGCUCCGGUGUACAACAUUGCUGCUCUUAUCAGGGGCUGUUGCAUCAUGGGAUUGCACUCUCUUCGUCACGUCGCUCACAGGCCAGAUGCAUAAAGGCUUAUACCCCGCAUGCACACGCCUAACCUUGAAUUAAAAGCACUUAAGCAUCUUUUCAAGAGUAUUCAAGAGUAUUUGACAUUCGUUGCAUUUGUUAAACACUUGAUCAAUGCAGUUAUUUUGGUUCCAACACUGUUACUUUGCACUGUGCAGUUACCAUGAGUUGAAGCAAAAUGGUGACAUGAAAGGGAUUAUUUUUAACGGGGAUUAUUUAUAUAUUUAUUUAACAUUUACACGUAUAAACUGAUCAUCUGGGUAGAUGGUUAUGUGUUAUCAUUGUCCGGUGGUGUCCCUAGCUGUCCUUGUGUUUUGGCGGGGGGGAACAAAGUUCUUAGGAUGAGAUUGUUAGGAGAUGCAAGAUUGAAUGUUAGUUUCUGUUUUAUGGGUUCUGAAAAUUCAACAGUUUUGCGUUGUUCAAAAAGAAACCUUAAAUCUUCAGCCAAAGCUUUAUUGUGAUUCACUAUUAUUGUUUUGUGAAGUGUUUUUUUUGUUUGUUUUUUUCUCCCUGGGAGUAAAGCUUUAUUCGGUACAGCCUGUGUUUAGUUCAUAGAAAUAAGUUGACGCUUCGAAGCAAUUGACACUUGUUAUGUGCCUGAACUAUGUGCAAUACUGGUGAUUUACAUCAAAUGUCCUCGUAUCUUUAUUAUUAAAGCAUGAUAAAGUCUG